AUGUCUCAAUCAUUAUCAAUUCACGUAGAAUCGAGAAAAAUGUUUGUUUUACAGCAAGUUAAUCAACUUGAAGCACUCCUUAAUAAAUGGAUCAGCUCAAACAACCUCAAUGAAGAAAAUACUCAUUCAUCUCAUAUGGAAGAAUAAGUGACACAAAGUCAAACAGCAACUCAUAUUUCUCACUUCUAAGGAUUCCUCACUUAUUUACGAUCACUCAGUAUUGAUGAACUAGCUUGCCAUACAAUUAAAUCUCUCCAAUAACACUUUGAUUAUAUGUAGUAAGUUCUAGAGAAUGAAGUCAAGCUCUAUCAAUAACGACAAUUUCUCAAAGAUCAAGAAAAAUAAGAUGAGAAAAAGGGUCAUAAAUUUUCUAAGAAAUCAAACCUAAUUCUAAAAAACUGGUUAUAUAAACAUUUCUCCUAUCCAUACCCAACAAAGGAAUAAACUUUGUAACUAGCCGAGAAAUGUAAUUUGACAUACAAACAGAUUCAAAUAUGGUUUAUAAAUGCAAGAGGAAGAAUAAACAACAAGACGUAUGAAGAGAAGAAAUUUAAAAAUAUUGUUAAAUACAAAUAUUUGUCAAUCAAUAAAGUUUAAUAGAAGCCAACAGAAUGAAUUAUUAUUAUUAAUAAAAUUAUUAAUCAAAGUGCGUAUGUAAGCACUCUAAUUUACACCAUCAAUAUACUUUAAUAAAUCAAUUCAUACAGAGACCCUUACCAAUUCAUUAAAUUAAACACCCUUAAAAGAUUCUAAAAAUAGAUAUCCAAUUCCUCUUUAUUCCUACUAUCUUAUGUUCAACUGAAACUAGAUAUUUUUUGAUGGAGUUGCCCUAUUUUAAAAUAUGAUUAAAAUAAAAGAACAUAAAAUCAUAGUAAGGGUGAUCUACGUGGAAUGUCUGUUGACUCUUCAUUUUCUCAAUUGAAAUAUCAAAAAUAGAUUGGAUUACGAGAGAUAGAGUUCCUUUUGAUUUCAAAUUAUCUUCGGAAAUUUCUGAAAAAUCUGAAGUAAUAAUACAUGAUCCUAAAGACCCAUAUUUGGUUCAGCAUUAAGAGAAAAAUUCAUAAUCGAAGGAAAAGGAGUCCUCAGAUAAUAUUCCAUUUAUGAUCUACCUAAGAUUUCAAGGAAGCUUUAGAAAUAAACUGGGUUAUUACUUUUAGUUUAAGUAUUUAAAAUCAUAGAAGAAUUUGAAUAAUUAACUUAUAAAACAAACAAAAUGAUUAAUAUUGA